CUCCAUCCAGUCGCAAUCAUCACAAUCUAUCGGUAUUCAUACUUCGAACCCAAAGUUCAUCUGCCACAAUCUCAAGACUUCACAGUUUUUCUAGGCGGGACAUUGAGCGAGAAGAAGAAAGUAACAAGUCCUCUCAUUUAAAAAAUAUACAAAAUGGAUCACACACGAGACCCAUGUCCUUGGGUAGCCUUGAACGAUUUUGGAGGAGCUUUUUGUAUGGGCGCAAUCGGAGGUGCAGUAUGGCACGGUGUUAAAGGCUUUCGAAACUCACCUUAUGGUGAAAGAAGGAUUGGCGCACUCACAGCCAUAAAGGCACGAGCUCCUGUACUAGGAGGAAACUUUGGUGUUUGGGGUGGGCUCUUCUCGACUUUCGAUUGCGCCGUUAAAGGAUUGAGGAAAAAGGAGGAUCCUUAUAAUGCUAUUAUUGCUGGAUUCUUCACUGGUGGUGCUUUGGCAAUUCGUGGUGGUGCAAAAGCUGCAAGAAACUCAGCGAUAGGAUGUGCGGUUCUCUUGGGUGUUAUUGAAGGUGUUGGAAUUGGGUUCCAAAGAAUGAUGGCAGGAAAUACGAAAUUAGAGCUACCUCCACCUCCCCCACCAUCUGAAUCCGGUCAAACCGGGUUCCCAGCCGUCGCAUAA